UGAUUACUGUUUUGAUGAAAGCAAUCAUAAAUCUUUGCUGAAAGCUACAUCUCGAUCUUAUUUUGGUGCUUGACGUGACACUGAUUGGAUUUCCCUCCCAUUUCUUUUGUUACAAGACUCUUGUGGUGAAACUUGGAUCAUGGAGCGGUAUGAAGUUCUUGAACAGAUUGGGAAAGGCUCCUUUGGCUCUGCUCUUCUUGUCAGACACAAACAAGAACGAAAGAAAUACGUCUUGAAAAAGAUUCGUCUCGCUCGUCAGUCUGAUAGGGCUCGCCGUUCAGCUCAUCAGGAGAUGGAGCUCAUUUCUACUGUCCGAAAUCCAUUUGUUGUUGAGUACAAAGAUUCAUGGGUUGAAAAGGGUUGCUAUGUGUGCAUCGUUAUUGGAUACUGCGAAGGCGGAGACAUGACAGAAACCAUAAAAAGAGCAUGUGGUGUUCAUUUCCCUGAAGAGAAACUCUGCCAAUGGCUUGUUCAACUCCUAAUGGCACUCGAUUAUCUGCACUCCAACCAUAUUCUUCACCGUGAUGUCAAGUGUUCUAAUAUAUUCUUGACAAAAGAGCAAGACAUACGGCUUGGUGACUUUGGCCUCGCUAAGAUUCUCACUUCUGAUGACCUUACUUCCUCUGUUGUUGGGACUCCAAGUUACAUGUGCCCUGAGCUUCUUGCUGACAUACCUUACGGAUCAAAGUCAGACAUUUGGUCUUUGGGAUGCUGCAUGUACGAAAUGUCUGCUCAUAAGCCCCCUUUCAAAGCUACUGAUGUGCAGACAUUGAUCAGCAAAAUACACAAACUGAUAAUGGAUCCCAUCCCUGCCAUGUAUUCCGGCUCAUUCCGAGGCCUCAUCAAAAGUAUGAUGAGGAAAAAUCCUGAACUCAGGCCAAGUGCAAGCGAGCUGCUAAACCACCCUUAUCUUCAGCCUUACAUCAGCAUGGUUUAUAUGAAGCUAGAGAGUCCCAGACGGAGCCAGUGGUGUGAGACGAAGGAAAGAAGGCGUUCGUUUAGUAGCAACGACAGGAGAUUGAAUCCGAGUGUAUCUGAUACAGAAGCAGGCUCUGUGUCUUCUUCAGGGAGAGCAUCCCAUUCACCAAUGUUCAGGCGAAGAAAAGUGUCAGAAGUAACAGUUGGAGUCGUCAGCGAAGAGAUUGUUGCACAAAGGGAAGAAGGAGUAGUCAAGAAGCAAUCUGGUGCAGCAGCUAAAACCCCGAGAAUGGCCGGGACCUCAACAAAACAGCCAAAGAGGCUUGAAACGCCGUCAAGCACCCCCCGUACUGUUCAACUGACGGAUAGGAGGAGGAGAGCAUCUCUUCCGUUGGUCGUGGAAAACCCUUACGCUUGCGAAUCGGACAUUUCUGUAAACGCUCCAAGGUUCGACAAGAUCGUUGAAUACCCCGAAGAUCUCUUCCAGAACAGAGAGACAACCAGCUCAGGAGGAGUAGCCAGGCGAUCUUCUUUUUCUUCGAUGACGACGACGAAAGACAAGUGUACAACUACUGUUCAGACAAGGUCAGUGUCGGAAGUAAAACAGAGAAGGUUCGACACGUCGUCGUAUCAGCAGCGUGCGGAGGCUCUGGAGGGACUGCUGGAGUUCAGCGCGAGGCUUUUACAGCAGGAGAGGUACGAAGAGCUUGGGGUUCUCCUUAAACCGUUUGGACCGGAGAGAGUGUCUCCGAGAGAGACUGCCAUCUGGUUGACCAAGAGCUUCAAAGAAGCUUCCGUGUAGAUCAAGCAAGGCUUUCUAUUUCUAUUUGCUUGGUUGAUUUGUAUAAUAAAUAAAGGUUGGGGUUUAUGGGCCUGAUUGUUGUAUUGGGCCACUUUUAAUUGUGAAUGUUUUGGAAAAUGUGUGUGGGGGUCAAUUCGUAAAGAAUUAAUAAAAGAUGGGGUUGUUAGACAAGAAA